AUGAAAGGUUCACCUAUUACACAAUUCAGUAAGACCUCCAUUAGUGCUCUUACCAGACCUUGGAAGAAAUACAGAGAUGGUGAAUUAUUUUAUGGGUUAUCAAAAGUUGGGAAUAAAAGAGUGCCAUUAACCACAAAGCAAGGCAAUAAAACGAUGUACAAGGGGACAAGAGCUUCGGGGAUUGGUAGACAUACGAAAUUUGGUGGCUAUGUCAUAAAUUGGAAAAAAGUUAGGACCUAUGUAACCCCGGAUAUAGUUAACUUUGAGUUAAAGCCCUAUGUUAACGCUAAUGUGCCACCUCUGAAACACGAAUUCAAGGGAUUUAGUGGCGGACCAUUGGAUCCACAUUUACAAUUGUUAAAGAUAAAGGAAUACAUAAUAAACGGGAAGGUACAAAGCCAAGGGGCCACUGACACUUCAUGCUAUAAGGAGCGUGGUUAA